GACAACAAGCGUGGGAGUCACGAUUAGGUGAGAUCAUAUCGAUCGUUUGAGUUAAUUUUUGAGAAAUUCAUUUUCAUUGAUAACAAAUUUUGAAGUUCAUAAACUGUAGAGGUUAUAUGGAUGUGAUCAUGGCCAUGAUUUAAAUUAAUUUUACAAUAGUUUGGUACAAAUUAACAGUGAAGAAAACGGUAUCGGACCCGUCAUAAAAUAAGAACUUAAAAAAAAAGAAGAUCAUGUGCCCACAUGUUGAAUUUCGUGUUGGCUAAAUUUGAAUUCGGGUAGUAAUUUAUUUAGGCUUUUUCAGUUUUUGCCUUUACUGUUUACAAUUAAACAUGUUUAUCUGAAAAUGUAUAAUAAAUACUUAUCAAUGCUUGCCUGCCGGAUGAUCCAGUACUUCAUGAUGUAUCUGGUACAUUUGUAAUUGUCUCUUGUAAUGUUGUAAAUCGGAUCAAAAAUCAGAUCGAAAAUCGGAUCGGCAGUUAAGCUUCUAAAAUCGAAAUCGAAUCGAAAAUCGAAUCGGUGAUGUUUAAAAACAAAGGAAUACAUCAAAAUGUUGUUCGCGGUCGCGCGCAUCUUCCUGACAAAGUCACAAAGACGAAUGCUUUGGAAUGGAAGUCGCCAACAUGCGCGAUCGUUUGGAACAUGUUUUAAAGCCAGGGGUUUUGAGGUGUUAUUGCUUUAAAAUAAACCGAGUGAUUUUUAUUAGAAAGAUAAACGAAAGACGCACCUUCCGAGCAAAGGCGCAAAGGAAAAUAAAAUGAAAAUAUUUCUCAUAGAUCACAGGUUAAUGAACGAUCGGCGGGACAUCUUUUAGAAGUAUUUUUAGGUGCUAGCGAUUUAGAAUUAUUGGAAUGAUCUCUUACGACGCAUCAUCUUAAAGUCGCAAGUGCAAUUAAAAUGAAGUAGACGACGCAAGCACGCACGAUGAUUUGAAAUAUGUUAUUAAAAUGCUUUGGGUAGCUAGCGUUUUCAAAUCAAUUUGAAGUUCACGGCGGGGUCCGCUAUCACCACGAGGUUGAAGAGAAGAUGUCUAUCAUCAUAAAGGAGAUUAAUUUUAGUCUGAUCACUGAUGUCUGUUUUAAAGAGGAAUGCUGCACCAUUAGUUGAGAGGACUAGAUCUGUAAUAGAGCUUGAGCUUGACCAAUUUCAAGAAGCGUUGAACAGGAGUUGUUGCACUUGCAGUCAUGGACUCGCAUAGUGAGAUGUACCCUCAGCGGUUUGCCAUGCAUCGCAACAAUGUACUAAAGUGGGAUUACAAGCUGAAUCUGGUAGGAAGGAAGGAUCCUGAUCCCAAAAUUCACAACUGUGAGAAAUGUAGCUUUCCUAUCAUGUCAUACGGAAGAAUGAUUCCAUGCAAACAUGUGUUUUGCUUUGACUGUGCCAAGGCCACAGACAAAAGUUGUUUAAGAUGUGAAGAUCCUGUACAGCGAAUAGAGCAGUCUCCGCUGGGUAGCAUAUACCUCUGUGCUUAUGGAGCUCCAAAGCAUUGUCAUUCUGGAUGCCGCAGAACUUACCUGUCACAAAGAGAUCUCUUGGCCCACAUCCACCAUCGUCAUUUGCCAAAACCUAUGACUCAGGUAGCAUCAUCAACUGCUUCAGCUGUAAAGGAUCAAGGUCACAGUACAAUGUCCAGAGUGACUGAUCCAAGAUCCGAAUCCAAGGGUGACCCUCGAAAUCAUCAGCCGUAUGUUUCUUCCCACUCGGAACUGUACCCUGGUCCAACUCCUGCACAGGCUUCCCAUAUCAUGCCAGAGCAAAUGCCGUAUGAGCCACGUCCAUCAGAGCCAACAAGUAGCCAAAGUGGACCCGAGGAUUACCACGUCAGCGUGCCAGUGCGGAAGUCCAACCUCAUCACGGUCCCACUGCACGACAGUAGCAAAGACUACCAGCAGUCCUCUCAGGUCCAUGGUGCAGUUUCAUCCUACCCAUCACAAGCUCCUAUAGUUCCUGUCCAGCAGCAGCAGCAGCAUCAAGGUCCACCCCCACCUCCUCCACCACAACAUGUGGCCUACCCUCCGCAUCUGCCUCCGUCUACUGCUGUACCUCACGUGCCCAUCUCUCAUCCACCCCCUGUGUCUGGUUCGUACACGGGGCCACCAAUCAGUGGACACCAAGUGAUGCACAUCAUGCAUCCCCAGCAAGCUCCAGUAUACAGUCAGGGAGGUGUCCCACUACCCCCAAUGAACCCCCACUAUGACAGUACCCCACGACCUUCUUUCCAAUCAAACACUCCCAUCCCAGUGGGCAAUGCACCAUUCCCAGCCCCUGGGGUACCAAUACCCAGGCCGGGUUGGCCAGUCGGUCCUCCCCCUACUUCUAGUAUGCCCCCUCCCCCACAAACAAACAUGCCACCCCCACCACCCCCUUCGCAAGUACAAACAAUGGUGAAUCAGGUACCCUCCAUGCCACCUCCACAAGCUCCGCCAGGUGCUCGGCCUGAAAUGGGACCGCCGCCGCCUCCUAUGGGACCCCCAAUGACUGAAGCACCUCGUUAUCAUGGCCAGUACUUCUCAUGAGCCAACAAUGAUGCAAAAGACACAAUACAACUAAUUUGUGAAAUAUGUGUUAUAGCUGUGUAAAUAUAUGUAGUUUGGAUAACUAUCUGUCAGCUGAAAAUUAAUACGUAUUUGGAAAGCUUGACUCUAAAGUCCUUGUUUCAUAUUCAGAAUAUCUUCUGAAUGACAAUGUCUGCAAUGAAUCUUAAUUUUAUUUGUGGGUGAAGUGAUAGAUUUGGAUAAAGAUUACCCAUUUAAAUUAAACUUUAUCUACUGAAUAAUCUUUUAUAUGAAGUUAAGAAUACCAGUAUUGUGGGAACAAAAGAUCCUGCAUCUUAUCUUAUAAUGAAAGGUUACAUUAAAUCAAUCUUUGAUAAGCUAUCCCAAUAAUUGUCCAUGUGUAAGACAUGCAAUGUCUACAAUACUCCCUCAAGAUCUCCAUCUUAUUUUCUUUGUUAUGGUUAUGUUAUUCUAGCAACACACAAUGUUUGCAAUUUUUAUAAAUGUUUGUUUAAAACAAGUUGAAUUGUAUUUUGGUCCUUUUACAUUUUUAUAUGUAUGUGUAGUGUGCAAAUAGUGAGGAAUUGGAACAUCAAAUGGAGAUAUUGAUAGUUUGUAUGUAAAGUUUUGGAAACUUGCGUUAUUCCUUAAGAAAAUAUUGUAUCUCAAGACUCAAGCUAUGGUAUGAUGAUAGUUAUUCAUUUUUAUACCCACAUCAGUACGCCAUAUGUUUUCAGGUUGUCCAUCUGUCUAUCACGUUUUAUCGUGAUAACUAAAGAAGUAUUGGCCAGAUCAACUUCAAACUUGGUAUAGGAAUGACAAUGAUCUGAAAUUUUGUUGAGCAUGAACCUCACAUAAUGUAUUUAAUGCGAGAAAUAGUGGGGGAGGGGGAUGGGCAUAAUGCCCCCCCUUACUUAAGACGGAUUAGAUUCGUAAAAUGCAUUUGUUAUCAAUAAGGAGUAUUUGUGUAGUGUACAAGUUGUUUGGUAACAAUAACACAUUAUAUUGGAAUAUGAAAUCUUACAAUGUAAGGAUCUCCUUGACAAAAUGAUAUUGUGUAUGUAUCUCUUUUUUAUACUGUAAGUUUAUUGUUGUUCACUCGGUAACUGAUGAGUCAGAAUGCUCAUUUUCAUAUCUUUAACAAGUGUUAUUCCAAAUUAAAGGGGACAAACCAGUUGAAAAAUAAAAGAUUUCUGUUCUUAUUUUCUUUUUGAUUGAGGAAUCCAGACUUCUCUGAACAAAAAAUGUAUUUGAGAUAAUAAAACAUUUCAUAUUUUAUGCAAUGAUUAGCAAUUCAUUGGGACAUUUUAGCCUGCCUAGUUCAAGAUUGACAAUGAUAUUGGAUACUGCUUUAUUUUCACGCAAAAUGCAAAAGAUGUUUAUGUUAGCAGUUUAGCCAAUCUCUGCAGAAGGAUGGCUCUGUAGAUUUAAUUUACAUAGUCUAUUUUUCCUUAGGUGACUGCGCAAGUCCUCUCCAGGGUAGAGGAAAGGAUUGGGCAUUGAGAUUGGGUUUUGGAUUAACUCGGUAAAAAACAAUAAAGUGUAUUGAUUCUGAUUUAAAGGAAUCUCUUGCUUAUAAGUUUUAGCAUUAAGGUAUGACGUCUGAAUGAGCAUCUUCAUUUUUGUAUGUAUGUGAUGUUCAUGUUGAUUAAUAUUACUUGAGAUCCAAAUAUAAUGAAGAAACAUUAAAGUGAAUGUGUAACAUUUUAAGAUUAAUUAACAUUCAAUUUCAUUGUCAUACCUGAAAAUGGCACAAACAUAUUAGUUUUAAAAUUAUGAUCUGAAAGUCACAAUAUCCACUGGACUUUUAUUUAGUGAAAAGGUUCAGCCAUUUUUUGAAAAAUUAUGUCACAAAUCGCUAGAGCUUUGUUACUUCCAGUCCUUGUAAUGUCUGCUUAAUUUUCUUGAUUCAUUUGAAAAAAAAAUACUACUCCAGAAUGGUGUAAACAAUGAAGUUAUAAUUAAAAAAUUGAAUUUGAAAAUUGUAGUUUAUCCAUGGGAAGUAUCUUUAGAAAGUAAUCUGAGCUAAUAAUUGAAAAUCACACUACUUAUAUCAAUGAUCAAUCAUUUUAACCAUGUGGAAUUUUUUUCCCUCACUUCUAGGAAAUAUUAAACAUUGCUCAUUGUAACCUAUCUAAUGCAUUUUUAUUCAAAAAUUUUGUGUUGCAGAGUUUUUGAGAAAUCAUUCUACCUAUAUACAUAUUUUAUAUUUACUUGGAUAUUUUGUAUACAUGUAUGCACAAUGUUUAUAUAAUAUUGCCCCCUUUUGUAAAUCUGGUUGAAAGAUAUUCAGUGAUAGUCAAUGCCUCCUAAUAAGAAACGAAGAAAUUACAUGCAUAUGUGAGCCAAACUGUCUGUACUUGCUUUACUUGUUUUAUGUUCAAAUGUGAACUGAUAUAUAUGAAUUUUGUUUUCAUCAUAAAAUAAAUAGUGAAAUAAAAAUGACUAUGGUACACCUUUUUUUAAACAACUGAAAAAUGAUAAUUCAAGGCUGACAUCAAUAUAAAUGUUACUAGUACUAAAAAAAGUUUUCUAAUAUUUAGAACUGCCUUUAGAUGUUGAACAGUCCACUUCAGUUAGAAUCUUUUAAAAGGAUAAUAAAAGUAAAAGACUGGCCCCUUGCUA